UCCUAUCGAUUGAUCUGUCUUUUGCCUUCUGCAGAAGUCUUGUACUCUUAUUUCCAAGUUGCUGAAAUCGAGGAGAAGCAUAGGCAACUCAACUUAGACUUGGAAUUGGCUCAGCAAAAUCUGAAAAAAGCUCAAGACGAGGCCGCUGGUAUGGAAGAGAAAAUGAAGUUGGCUCUGGAGAAGAAAGACUCGGACCUCGCCGCCGCGCAGAAAGCAGCCCAAGACAAAACCGUUCUCGCAGACAAGAAGCUUGCUUCAAUCGGAACGCUUGAAGGAGAGGUGAACAAACUGAAAUCUUGUCUUAAUGAAGCUAACCGUGAAGUGACCAGUCUGAAGAAGGACAAGGUCAUCCUGAAUGAAAAUUUGGAGUCUGCAAUCCGCAAGAGGAAUGACACAGAAGCUUAUCUGAGGACUCUCGCCAAGAAGCUUUAUCUCGCGCUGGAAGAACUCUGCCAAGACUUCGACGAAGAAACUGGAAGGGUCAAGACGGGUCUGGACCCUAUCGCUUCCCCAGUUUGUGAUGAAACUGUGAUGAACAUGCUCCGACUGGAGUCCCGUAUCGCCAGCGCCACAAGCUACCUCGCACGCCUGAAGAAGGUUGUCUCUCGAAUCGACUCAUCACUUUUGCCGGGGGCGAUGCUUCAGAAUGACCUGAAAUCCUUGAUGACUCGACUGAACGAGAUCCCUGACCGAGUGCAGGAAUGGAAGAAAUCCUCUGCCCGGUGCGGUGCUGACGUUGCGCUGUCCUUGGUGCGAGUCCAUUGCAAGGAGGCUCGUGAAGAUAAGAUGGCUGCGAUCAAAGUCGCAAACACCAAAAAGCAUGACUUCCAGUCCUUCAUGGAGACUUUCAUCGCUGCCGCCACUCGGAUUGCUGAUGGGAUCGACCUGGACUCAUUCGUGGAGCCUGCCAGCCCUUCUCCGGCCGAGUGAACAGACUCAUGAAACCUGAAUACGCUUUAAAUUUGCCUCGGAAUGCCGAGUGAUCGCUGUAACCGCUGAACUCCUUCGGGCUUGAUGCCGGAGUACUUUUGA